UUAGACGAUUACUUUGUUUAGUACAUUAUUUAAUCUUUUUAUUCUAUGUUGCAAAUAGAAUUGUAAAAUAGCUGGUUACUAUUUACACACAUGCAUCUUUGACAAGGCGAACGAUACUAGUUAGUAAUGUAACUAACCGUCCAUUUAUCAAUAAUAUUGUACAUAAACAAUCUCUUAUGAACGUCAAUUUAUCUUUUAUGAAUUUAACAUUAUAUCUAGAACAGAAGUUUAAUAAACAUGAGAUUUGUUCGUACCAUAUAAUUAACGGCACUUUCUAUCGCGUUUUUAAUUGGUCAAAUUUGAAAGUAAGUUUUACGAAUGGCCGCCAAAUACCGGUAUUCCUUGAAACGAUACUUUUUAUUCUCAAUCUCGCGAAUGCAUUUCUACACGUCAAAAUAACGCACGUGGACCACCACCAGAAUGCACCGAUAAGAACAGUUUAUGUUGUAUAUGCGUUGCAUAUACAUAUUUUUUACUUUUUCGAAUAUUUUUUGUUGAAAAAGGCAACACAUUUCGAUCACAACGAUCGUAGUUGACGAAAGAGAUCUGCUCUAUUAGUUUUAAUGACAUCUCCGUUUGUCAAAGGAAAUUUCAGAAUUGUUUGCGAGACAUUGACUAAAUAUAUAUACAAUGGAGAAAUACCAGCUUAUGAGGACAUUUAUAUCAGCGGUAUUAGAAUAUUCUAAACAUCCAAGUGAAACGACCGGUUCGAUAUUACAACGAAAUCUGGGCGUAAUAAGCGUGUCCUUGGAUCUGAGCAUAUUUGACCCUGGAACAAGUGUGGCAGCAGAAUUCUAUGUUAGUCUACACGAGCUUAUGAAUUCUUUGGCAUCUAGAACCACCUUGAUUUGGAGUGCUGUAGAUGUUUUACAAAAUGCUUGUCGUAAUGCUGCUGCAAGACAAGCUCUUAUUCAUACUUACAAAUUUGCACCCAUAUUGGCCAGGUUGUUGGAGGCUAAUUUAACGAGCGAGAAAAGAGUAAGAGUAUUAAAAUUACUUCAAGAACUGACAUAUGGUAUUAGAAUUUCUUGGCAAGAAGCUCAUUUACCUUACUUAAUAUCUAUAUUAACACAGUGGGUAACACAGUCUAAAGAAGAAGAUAUUAUUGCACUUUCGCUAGGUGUAUUAGUAAAUCUUUGUUACAAAAAUCUUCCGGCAGUUUAUACCUUGAUGAGGACAAUCAAUACAAAAACAUUUGUACGGACGUUGUUAAAACUGCAACGUUGCAAUGUUAAUACCAGUGUGCAAUGCUGUAAACUUAUGAUUAUAUUAGAGCACUCGAAUACAAAUAUUUCGGAUAAAAACAUUCUGGAUUUUGCUGCUGUUACAUUCACCAAUCUCGUUACCGCAAUGAAACAAAAGGAUGUUCUGCUACUGAGACACGUCAUAGACUUUUUUAACGAUGUUGCGCAAAACGAACACUCCCAUAGCGUGUUACUUACGUACACAAACUAUGGCAGAGAUGUAGAACAUAUAUUAGUUACAUUGGAAGACAACGCGGACCCAGAAUGUGUUGCUAUUAUAAUGGAAUUUUUGUCGUCUCUGGUGAAAUUAAAAUUGUCUACUUUGAUACCCUUGUAUCCUUUAUGCGUAAAAACGGCUAUGACAUGGGUUCCCGUAGAACAGGUGUGUUCUAAAGCAUUGAGCUUGAUAAGGGUUACCGUAAUUGACGCGCGACGCACGAAAACCUCUACCGAAGUUUUGGCAGAAUUGGAUGCUUCCGUUUUGAUGCUUAUUAUAAAUUCAGAAAAUGAUGAGAUUCAAGAGAUACAAGAAUUAAGUUUAGAAACAGAAACGAGAUUAGCGGAAUUAAUGCAAUUAUUCCAGGAAAUGGUUAAAACUACGACGCUUAGAGCAAAAGUCAUGCAGUCCUUAAAUGAGAAUACGAUACGUAAAUUAUUGAGUCCGAUGUUGAAUUCCGAAACUUGUUCUACUAACGAUUUUCCAGGAAAUUUUAUUCAAAACCCUACCACAAAUCUAUGCAUUCACAUAUUAGCUUUGAUAGCUGAUUUGGCAGCCAAUCAUUCGAAUUGGUUAACAUUGUAUUCCGAGUUACUAGGGAAAAAACAGAUUCAAAUGACAAUGGCACAUGCACUAUUUACUGGCGAUGCAGACAUUAAACAGAAAGUUCUGCAAUUAACUCCAACUGUCGGAUUUCCUCAAGAAUGUGUUCUCGCGGUGGCGCAAUGUAUGAAGCAAUUGGAGCCUCUGAUAUUAGUACAAAGUACUCCUGGUAUGGUAAAUGUUGGAAGCAAAAUGUCCGUAACAUCGAAUAGCGAUAUGGCUCCACUUUUUUCUUUCGCGCAAGAAGAGCGACUCGAUACGUUUCUAGCAAAACUAGAAACAGCCUAUGAGUCUAAUCAACUGGGAGACAUUACAACGUCAGCGGUAAUGGAAUUGUACGAGUACAAGCUAGCAGCGAUGAGACACGCGGAACGGGCAAUGCAAUCCAGUUUGGAGGCAGCAAAUAAUCAUGGGACUAGUUUACAACAUAGACUUGCGCAAGUAGUAGCCGAAUCGAGUCGUUUACAUCAAAUGCUAUUUGAUACACAGCAAUGUUUGGAAGGAGUAAAGUCUACGUUAGCGGUAAAAGUUGCCAAAGUAGAGGAGCAAAGUAGAGAAGCAGUUGCUUUUAAGAAUAAGGAAAUCGAAGCAUUGAAAAAAAUAGUAACAGAAAAGUCUGCCAACAUCGAUCAUUUAAAUGUAUUACUAACACAGUGUAAACACAAACUGGAAAGCAGUACUAAUAAGGUCGAAGCGUUAACUAAAAAAAUAAAAGAGUUAGAAACUGAAUGCGUAAAUGCGGAUGCCAGAACUACGGAAAUGGUUAAUAAGAAUCACGAGUUAAACAAACUUCUUCACAAAAUGCAAGAUCAAAUUAAUAAAAGAGAUCAGGUAAUAGAAUUGAAAGACACGGAAAUUCAAUCGAAUCAAAAAGAUAUUUCCGCGCUUCAACAAGAAACUCAACAAUUAUCGCAAUUAGUGCAUAAAUAUGAGCAGAAUAUCGCAGAGAAAGAGGCAAGUAUCGAGAAAAUGAGACUAGAAUUGAUGGAUUUAAGCCGCAUGCGAGACAUGAUUUUCGCGCUUACUGCCAAGAAGAAGGAUGAUUUAAGCACGAGUUAACGUUGCAUUUUUAAAUUAUCAAACCAAUUUGAUAGCAAUAUUGCAAAAAAAAUGCCUACUUCAGACCACAUUUCUUACACUUUUUUAUACAACUCACUGAAAAAUAAAUUAUAUUAUUCUUGUACGUACAUACAUUAACCCUAGUAUACCGUUCGAUUAAAAUUCAUUUAUUACAUCGUUUACAAAUCCAAUCUUCCUAAUAUUUUUACUAUCUAAAAAUUUAUAAUUUUACCUAUGGUAUUUUCGAUAAAAUUAUAUCUGAUAAUUUCCGAUUAAAAAAAAAAAUGUUAAAAAUCGUAAUUGAUUAUGAUUUUUAUUUAUAUUUUUUUUUACAAGGAUACCCUACAUGUAUUACCUACAUGAAACCGUUUUUAUAUGUAAUUUACAGUCAAAGUAUAGUACUUCGAAUUAUAGUAGUAAUACAAUUUGUUUACUUUACAUGCACUGAAAUAUUCAUUAUCCUUAGUAAAUUGACUUUACUAAUGAAUACUGAUCAUUUAAGAAAACAUUACAGUUGCAUGUAAAUAAGUAGUUAAUAUGUGUCUGUGUAAUUUUUUACAUGUAAAUUUUUUCCGAUUUAAAAUAUGUUGUAUCACGACAACAAGUGUACAUAAAAGAUAUAUCACACUUUAUUGCAUUAUUAUCGAAAAAAAAUAAAAAAAAUAUGUAUAUUUCGCCUAAGAAUCGUAUCUCCUUGUAUAUGUCACAUGUUACACUUAUAUUACAUAUGAAAUUUUUACAUAAAUAUGAAAAAUAUUUGCUAUAAUUUGCACUACUAUGUCAUAAGAUUAAAAUAAAUUAAAUUAUUUCUAGCAUUAAUUUUGUUUCGAACUAAUUAAAGAAUCGAUUUUAAUGCCAAAAAUUAGACACCAUUAGCAAAGGUUAUAUUGUCAUGAGAUAAUAUCAUUGGAAUGUCAUAUAAGGUACAUUCAAUACUUUGAUAAUAUAAUAGCAAAUACUGAUGCAUGGAAAUUUAACAUUUGAUUGCUAAUUUGAUUGCUAAAUUGAUAUAUUAAAUUUUUGUAAGCUGGUACUUAUUCAUUUACGUAAAAAUUGAUACUAUAUUAAACUUAAAAUUAAAAGAAAAAUUUGUGCUGAACUGACGAAUAUUAUAGCAUAAUAAUCAAUAAUUAAAACGAACUGAGCGCAAUGUUGUCUAACGAUAAAUUAUUUUCCAUAUUAAAUAUUUCGUGUUUAAUAAAGUUUUGUCAUCAAC